UUGCUAGUAAAUUUGCACUCAACCAAUCUUAUUAUAAGUUCUAUUCGAAAUGGCGGUUUGUGUCUUGGGAGUUGGGAUUCCUAUCUAAUUGCGCUCAGAAUUGAAUUUCCUGCUCUCGCUCGCGACCCCUGAGCGGCGACCGCCGCAGAGUAAAAUCAAAUGCGAUCAUCGGCGAAGCACGGCGCGGCGGACAACAACCGCGGCCUCAGCGGUCAUGUCCUCACCCUCCAUCAACGCCUCUAUCAUGCCCUAAACCUCGGAACCUGGGUGAACAGAAAGAAAUGGCAUUGUACAGACAUUGAGACACAAAGACUGGUGCUUCGUUCAGUUGAUGCUUACCUUGAGUGUAUCUCUAGCGAGACGCUACAAUAUCCACUUGUCAAGGAUUCGGUUGUUGAUAUGGUCAGAGCAUUAGAAAGUAUACUAGAAUUCAAAAACCAGUCUAUAUUGAGAUUGGCCUCCAGUGUGGCUGUAAAGAUGGUUAAAGUUCUGCCAGGUUCAAUUCUGCUGCAAAAUCGUGGUUUGGAUCUUAUAUGUCCUAUAGUGGAUUUGUUAUCUUCCCAUCAACUGCAAGUUGCAAUGUCAUGUGCUACUGCCAUGAAUGUUAUUUUACCAAAGCUAAGUUCUAGACGAGAGAGAGAAGUGUGGCAGAUUUUGAAGGAAACAAAAGCAGUUGGCUAUCUUGUCCACAAUAUUAAGCAACUCUCUAUUGUUAAUAUACAGAUUGAGUACUUCCAAGAGAUGGCUUCUCUUUUAAGUAGAAUACUGUUGUGGUGGCCAUCUUUUAGAUUCUGCGUGUGGAAUGAUUCUAACUUCUUAAACUGUUUGGAUGCUAUCAAACUCAUCUCUGAGAGUUCAGUUAAAGUUGUUGUCCUGCAAUUGUAUUCUUCUCUAGCUCUAUGUGGCAAUGGGGCGCAGAAACUUCUAGAAAAUGGAGAGGCACUUGUACAAAUGACUGUAAGCUGCAUGGACAGUUCAAAUUCUCAUUCAGUUCGUAUGGAAGCAUUCAAACUUGCGCGUUGUUUAGCGCUCAGCAGGAGAGGAUGUAUACAGAUGAUGAACAUAUGCUGCGAGCCCCUAGUCAAAGCUGUAACCGGUGCAAUGAAAUAUAGCAAUACACUAUCUGAAAAACUUGAUAAAAACCAACUGUCAGUUACGGAGGAGGCGUGCCGUUUGGCUUCAAUCACUCGCUGGCCAGGCAAUCAUCACAUAUACUUUUGGAAAGCUGGCACAGAUAGACUACUCCUUGAUCUUCUUCUGGACUAUCCCAAAAUUCACCAACUGCAGCGUGAGUUAUCUGUGAAUGAUCUGAUAAAUAUUGUUCGAGAGAGUCAAAAUUCAAAUCUUCUAUUUUCUUUUAGACCGUACUUGUGGGAUAUUCUUGGAGGACUUGCUGCAAAUUGUGAAGAAAAUAUCAGCCAUGAGAUACAUGAGAAUGAGCUCCAACUUAGGGUCCUUAUAGUAUGUGCAUGCUUGUCUUUCGUCGACUCUAUGGGAACAUUGCGGCAGGUAUCUCAAAAUGGUGUCACAAAUAUGACCGAGUGUGAAUCAGCAUGCAGGGCAGUUCUUAUGAUGGUUUAUUCUCCUUGCAAAUAUAUUGCAUCAUUGGCUAGGUCCAUAUUAUAUGAAAUACUCAAGGCAGAUGGCAAGGAUUAUGUUGAAUACUUACUGAAGAUUCUAAAUGCGGUAUUGACUGGAGCCAAAUUUGGGCUUCCAGGAAACCUUCAAAUAGUGGUGAGCUUAAUGAGUUUGGCAUGUUACUGUAGUCUACCAACAUAUCAGGAACUCAUCAUUAAAUUCCAAGGGAUGAAAAUUAUGGUAGCCUUCGUUAUGUGGUGGCUAAGCAAUCCUGUUCAUUUGAAAAGAGAAAGUACAGUGCCUCAUUUGCGUGAUUCGUUCAGUGAAAGGAGUUGUUGUUACCCAAGUACAGAAGAGUGGGAAGGGGAAGACAUGCUUUUGCUUUUUAGUUUGUGGAUAGUUAGCGAGUUGCUACAUCAUUCUGCUUAUAAUAAGAAAGCUAAUUCCUCUGACAACCAUGAAGACUUUCCUAGAAGUCAACUGAUUCAAGAACUUCAGGAGAUAUGCAGAGACCGUAAUUCUCAUGGUUCAAGAUGGUAUGCUGCAUAUGUACUUAGCUAUUUCGGAAUAUUUGGGUUCCCUAGUAAAUUGGGUAAGAGGAUUGGAAAAUUACUUGGGGAGAGAGAGCAUUCUGAUAUGAAGCUACAUUUUGUAAACGAGGAAUCUGUCUAUGUUCAUGAAGUAAUUCUUACUGUAAGAUGUCCAUCACUGCUACCUCCUGGGGAAUCAGUCCCUAAACAGAAAUCUUCUGGUGUAAAAUCGGAUGUGGGGAGAAAUAUUGUUAAGGCAGUUCAUCUAUCGGCUCACGUGGAUCAGCCAUCUUUGUUGAAGUUGCUAGAAUAUGUUUACUCUGGAUAUUUACAAGCAAGCAAGGACCUUGUUAAAAAGCUGAAAUUGUUUGCGAGGCACUGUAAAUUGGAAUCUCUGAUGCAGGUGCUUUGUAGAAAGAAUCCAAAAUGGGGUGUCGAUGUACCAAGCUUUGAUCUUAGUCCUGCUCUUGGACCAGCUGGACAUAAUUUAUCGAAUCUUAUCCUGGAAGCUGGCAGCACGACACAACUUGUACAUUGGAACUGCAACAGUUGCUCCGCUUUGGUUCCUCACUUACAUGUUCACAAAGUUAUAUUGCUGUCAAGCUGUGAUUAUUUACGGGCCUUAUUUCAAUCGGGAAUGCAAGAGAGUAAUUUGCAGACCAUUAAGGUUCCUGUGAGUUGGGAGUCACUUAAUAAACUCGUUAGGUGGUUCUACUCCGAUCGGUUGCCUGUACCUAUUUUUGACUGUGUAUGGGCUAAUUUGGAACCAGAGGAGAAAUUCCGACAAGUCCAUACGUACUUGGAGCUUUGUUGGCUUGCUGAAUUUUGGCUAAUUGACGAUCUUUACGAAGAGUGUUACGAAGUUGUCAUCUCCUGCAUAGAUUCUUCUCAAAACUUGUCUACUAAAAUAAUUCAAAUUGCUGCAAACUUCUCCCAGUGGAAAUUGGCUCAAGUUGCAGCAAAUCAUAUGGCACCUUCGUAUCAUCAACUGCGCAUUUCCGGCGAGCUCGAUCAACUAGACGACAAUCUUGUUGAGAUGGUUCGUGCCGCAUCUGUUCGACUUUCUCAAGAGGGGGGGGGGGGGGGGGGCAUCACUCUAGUUGAUUGGCUCUGUUAUUAA